AAAGUACAAUUUUCAUUUGUAUAGAAUCUUAUAAAACAUAUAACUAUUGGAUUAAGUUUGGACUUUAAACCUUUUAAACAAAUUUCAUUCGCUCGGCUGUAUUUUUUAUUUGUGGCCACACAAUAUUGCUAAAAUUAACCAUUUUUGUAGAGGGUUAAAACUUGGUAAGACAACAAUGAAUUUAUAUGUUCAAAGACCACGAUCAAAACAGAAUGUAAAAUGAAAAUCCUCAUCAUAAAUUCCAUCUACACAGCCACAGAAACGGGAAAGCACAACAACACGAUUCAUAAAAUUGAUAAAAUAUUAUAUACACUAAACAAAUGAAUCCUAUGAGUUAUAAUACAAUUAUUGAAUAGUUAUUUUAGUCAUCAAAAUAUGAUUGUUCUCGUGGUACUAAUAUCCUGAGAAGGGUAUUUCUGAAAAGUAUAAAUGCAAUGAAACUUAGCAGCUAGGUGGGGUGUAUUUCAAAAUUACCUUAGCCCAAUAAUAUAUUAUAGUCUGUUAGAAUUUCGUUGGCCCAAUAUUUGACUGGUCUGAAUAAUGAACUGAGCUGAGUCAUCAUAACAUACUGUAACCAUAGAAGUCGAAAGCUCUCUGGAACGGUGGGAAUUGCAGAAGACAACAAUUCUUGAUAAGGUGUGUGGAAGGCUCCAUUGAUCAUAGACCUCAUUCUAGAGAUAUGCAAGCCCUAAGGUCUAUUGAGGUUGACUCUGAGAGUGUUAUUCGAGCAAUUACUCCUGCCCUUGAUCCUACCAGACAUAAAGGCCAGGCUGGAAAUAUAGCUGUUAUUGGAGGGUGCCGUGAGUACACAGGAGCUCCAUAUUUUGCUGCAAUUUCGGCCUUAAAAAUUGGUGCAGAUCUGUCCCAUGUUUUUUGUACAAAAGAUGCUGCUCCUGUCAUCAAAAGCUACAGUCCUGAGUUGAUUGUGCACCCUGUUUUGGAAGAAUCUUAUAGUGUCGGGGACGAAAACAAGAGAUCCAUAGCAAGCAAGGUUCUUUCUGAAGUUGAUAAGUGGAUGGAAAGAUUUAACUGCCUUGUUGUUGGUCCAGGCCUUGGAAGAGACCCAUUUCUUCUGGAUUGUGUGAGUGAACUUAUGAGACAUGCAAGACAGUCAAAUAUCCCAAUAGUUAUAGAUGGGGAUGGUCUUUUUCUUGUUACAAAUAAUCUUGACCUUGUUCGUGGCUACCCCUUAGCUGUUCUAACACCAAAUGUCAAUGAAUAUAAGCGUCUUGUUCAGAAAGUACUGAGUUGUGAAGUAAAUGAUGUAGAUGCUCCUCAACAACUGCUAUCUCUUGCCAAACAGAUUGGCGGUGUUACUAUCCUUAGGAAAGGAAAUUCUGAUCUUGUAAGUGAUGGUGACACAGUCAAAUCGGUGAGCAUCUAUGGUUCUCCUAGACGUUGCGGUGGCCAAGGUGAUAUCCUUUCUGGAAGUGUAGCUGUCUUCUUAUCGUGGGCACGUCAACAUAUCUUGGCUGCUGGGUCAAACUCGAAUCUCAGUUGUAAAAAUCCAACAGUUUUGGGAUGCAUCGCUGGGUCUGCUAUAUUGAGAAAGGCUGCAUCACUUGCUUUUCUGAAGAAGAAAAGAUCCACAGUCACUGGUGACAUCAUUGAAUGCUUGGGACAAAGUUUGGAAGACAUUUCUCCUGCCAGUUAAUUCCAUUCCAUGUGAGUCUUUGUGGCAAUAAUAUUUUCUUUCUUUCUUGAGUUUUCUCCUUUCUUGUCUUUAUUUCUCCCAGUUUGGUCUGCCUUUUCAUUUUGAAUAUUUAAAACAUGUCUGCCUGUUUUGCAAUGAUAGCCAAAGUGUGUGGAACAGAGUUUGGCUAAAAUUUAACGUUAAAAGGUGCACAAUGCAUUUAUUUGAGUUUACUUC